AUGUCCGAGACUAUCCAGCGGCCAGUAAGCCGACCGUUGUCUGAAAUCUCGGAGAACGAGGACCGUCGACGGGUCAGCGCACGCAUCUCCAGCUACAGCUCCACCCUCAGCCUUAAGGGUGCCGAAUUGGUCUCACGGCCAGCUAGCGAGACCCGAGACGACACGAAGCGGAUGAGUGUCCCCGUUCACACCAUCACCCUCAAUCUUGCCGACUACUCUCCGAGCCCGACGUCAAAGCCGUCAACACCGUUCACUGCGCCGCCUACCGUCUGCACGAGCCCGGUAUCAGCAUCAGGAACGACGACAUCCGGCAAGCGGAAGUCUAUGGCGGAUGAACCCCCGCCGGCCCUUGCUAUCGCGACCUCGCCGUCAGCACCUUCGGAUGAGACAUUAGAGACUCUAAAGUCGGGGGCGGACGAGGAGUCAGUCAUUGAUUUGUCUGAAGCCUCAGAAGGCAUUUCUCCGCUCCUUGCGUCUAUGCGCGCGAACCUGCGUCCGACCGGGCAGCAGCUGAAUGGCGCGACUAACGUUGCCGAUCAGGACAAGGAUACUCCUUCUACAUCAUCAACUUCCUCGCCUCGCUCAUCUGUCGACCUGGGCCGACCAACCCCUCGAGUCAAGCCAAACUGGCUCAAGCGCGCCUCCAUGGCCCCCGUCCUCCGGACCAAGUCUCGAUCUCCAGCUCAGUCCCCUAUUGAUCUCGCUCCCGAGCCAUCGUCUCCCCGAAUGUCGACGCACCUGACCGGUUCGGCCCACGGCGUGGCCACUCCACCAGCAUUACCUCCGCGCAAAUUUCCAACCGGACCACUGGAUACGGGGUACGAAGUGCAGGCCCCUCCUCCCCAACACCCUGGUCGAAGGGACUCGAUCUCGCACCACAUUCCCAGCAUCAGUGGGAAGAGCCGAUGGGGCUGGGGAGGUGGCCAGGGGUCCACGAACGGCGUGUCUCGCUCAUCCUCGACGAACAGCAUUCUCAGCACGGCCUCUGCGGCGCACCAGCGACUCCCAGCGUCUGCGCAGCGUGUGCUUGGGACGGCAAGCCAUGCGGUCUCGCGUACCUGGAUGCGUGCACGCGGCGUUGGGAGCAACAUGAGCAUCUCAACUGCGGCCGGCUCGCCCCACGGUCAAUACGACUCUGCUAUCGCCAGCAGCCCUCGGAGCCCGGGACUCCUUAUGCGGCAGCUGUCCCGCGACUCGGAUUUUGCUCCUGCCAGUGAGCCCCUCUCCUGGACCGAUGGAGUCGUUCGAAGAGCGGCACGAUCUGGCCUGAAGCCUGGGCGGGUCUUCGGUCGCGAGCUGGAGAUCGCCGGACGAUUAUACGGUGUUGUUGAGGCGGACGCCGAGCGGGCUGGAGAUAGCGAGUACGAGCGUCGACGGAGACUCUGUCUUCCGGCGAUCGUUGUCCGAUGCGUCGAAUAUUUGGAGCAGUGGGGACCGAAAGAGGAGGGCAUCUUCCGGAUCAGCGGCAGAAGCAGCCAUCUCGCUCGACUCCGAAAGGAGUUUGACGCGGGGGCCGACCUUGACCUGUCUCUAUCUGAACCCAGCGACCUGGAUCCGCACGCUGUCUCGGGCAUCUUCAAAACCUACAUCCGAGAACUUCCUUCGCCAAUGCUCUCCAAGCACGUGGAAGACCUUCUUGACGACUACUUAUUGAAGCCAAGCAAGGAGCAGGAAACUGACAAGCUCGUGGAGAUGCUGAAGGACCUGCCACCAGCCCAUUGGUUCCUGCUGGCGGACGUCAUCAUGCUCAUCGACCUGAUUCCGAAACACAUGGAUGUAAACAGAAUGAGCCACAAUGCGCUCAUGAUCUCGCUGGGCCCGACGCUGUCGCUCAAGGGCGAACACAUCGAUCUGUUGUUACAGCAUCGCAAGACGGUGUUCGCUGAGCCCCCCGAAGUCGCCCCUCGGGACUUGGUGGACUUUGGUGACGAGGAGCAAUUACAAUUAACGCCUCAGUUCGAUGACGCGCCUCUUCCUGUCAUGGAGCCCUUGGCACCUCCGGCGCCAUCGCUCUCAAAGCGGCCGGCGCCUCGAGUGUCGAAGAAGCCCAGCUUCUCCAAUCUUCUUGGCGCGGCUCGGUUCGGCUCCUCAUCGUCCGUGCGCCGAAGUCAAAGUGAUCUUGGCGUUUCUCUGUCAUCGUCGGCUGGUUCGCGUAACUCUCUUGCUGUCCCUCGAACGAGCACCUCUGGCCUCAAGAUCUCAGCGCCCGUCGCCGUCCUGGCGUCGUCCCCAGCGACGAGCGAGUCGGGUCUGUCGAACAUGUCGGCCGUUUCGAGCCUGCCAAAAUCGCCCAUGGUCAAGGCGUCUGACACCCUGGAGGACACGCUUCCGCAGCCUGGUACGGUCAAGGCUCGGUCGCGUGUGUAUUCGACGCCCAUCGCGGACCGCUUCAAGCGCACGGAUCCUUAUGAAGAUCUGUUAGCACCCAAGGAAGCGAGCGAUGGCGCCACGACGCCAAUCUCGUCGUCGGCCUCGAGCAUUGCGUCCAGCUUUGGCGAGCUCGCCCCGCCGGUCAACCCGCUCUCAGGACUGAAGCGCUCGCCACCGAUCUUUUUCCAGUCUGCCGUCGGAAGCAGCACUAAGAACGCUCCUCUCCGUAACACGACAGCCGGCAAGAAGCGCAAGGACGAGGACGGGUCCAACAAGGACGGCGCCCCUGGUGGCGCGAAGCGACUGAGCUCGGGCCCAAGUCUGUACGACGACUGA